AAUUUCCCUUUUUUAAUUCCCGCUCGAGUCUGCUGGACGCCCUAGUAGCAGGCACAGGGGCACGGAGAAAAAACCCACCAUGGCAUCGCCGGCGAGCAACGGCGUUCCUGCUGUCAAGGGGUCCUUCGACAAAAGUGUCGACUUUGCUAACUACUUCUGUACCUAUGCUUUCAUCUACCACCAGAAGGAGAUGCUCUCUGAUCGCGUCCGCAUGGAUGCCUACUAUAAUGCCAUCUUCAACAACAAGCACCAUUUUGCCGGAAAGGUUGUAUUGGACGUGGGCACGGGAAGCGGAAUUCUUGCGAUAUGGAGCGCGCAAGCCGGUGCCAGAAAAGUUUACGCCGUUGAGGCAACGAAGAUGGCUGAGCAUGCUAAGGCUCUUGUCCACGCCAAUAACGUGGAGGAUACUGUUCAGGUGAUUGAGGGGUCUAUGGAGGAGAUUAGUUUACCUGAGAAAGUUGAUGUCAUAAUAUCAGAGUGGAUGGGUUAUUUUCUUUUGAGAGAGUCGAUGUUCGAUUCUGUGAUAUGCGCACGAGAUAGGUGGCUAAAACCAUCUGGAGUGAUGUAUCCUAGUCAUGCUAGGAUGUGGGUAGCACCGGUCAGAUCUGGUUUAGGGGAUCAGAAGAUGAAUGAUUACGAAACUGCUAUGAGCGACUGGUAUAGCUUUGUUAAUGACACAGAAAUAAACUAUGGAGUCAAUAUGAAUGCCCUAUCCCAGGCUUAUCGUGAAGAGCAUGAAAAAUACUAUCUGAAGACAUCACUGUGGAACAGUCUUCAUCCCAGUCAAAUAAUAGGUACCCCUGCAGUCAUUAAAGAAAUUGAUUGUUUAACAGCUACAGUAGAUGAGAUCCGCAAUGUUUUUGCGAAUUUCUUGCUGCCAAUCAAUGUGGAUCGAACUAGGCUAUCAGCAUUUGCUGGCUGGUUUGAUGUCCAUUUUCGGGGUAGUAUGCAGAACCCGGUUGAGCAAGAAGUAGAACUUACUACUGCUCCUAGCAUUGACAACUCGACUCACUGGGGUCAGCAGGUUUUCCUCUUGCAUCCUCCUCUAAGAGUUGAUGUAGGUGACAAACUGAUGAUUGCUUUUUCUAUGAGCCGGUCCAGGGAGAAUCAUCGCUUGAUGGAUGUGAAUUUCACAUAUGAGUUGCAGCUGUCAUCCGGAAAAUGCUUUAAGCCUGUCGCUAUAAAGUAUUAUAUAGAAUGAUUAUGAGGAGAGGAGAGUCAUUGCAUGCUGGAAUGAAGGCGGAAUGCAUCACUCAGAAUGUUGCAUGUUGUGUGGAUGAAGAACAACCAUAUUUAGCUGGAAACAAGCUAUAUAAUCAUUAAAUGUUUUCAACUGUAUUUUGCUUUUGGUCUGUCUCUUCUGGAAUCAUUUAUCUUGUAAUUUUGAGAAGAAAUUUGUUUGACAAUUAAUUGGAAGAUAAGGUUAUUGCUACCGUCGAAUUAAU